AUGGCGAUGGACACUAUGGCAGUUGAACUGCCAGACUUAUCCACACACACGCCACAGGUGCCCGUUGAAGAAACUGCAGAAGAAAAAUAUGAACGUCUGCUCCGUCGCGCACGCACAGAAGACUUAAGCGAGAUCUCCGGCAUCGGGUGCUUGUACCAGAGCGGAGUGGACAGACUCGGCCGCCCCGUAGUCGUGUUCAUUGGGAAGUGGUUUCCUAUUGGAGAUAUUGAUUUAGACAAGGCUCUCCUAUACCUCAUCAAGUUGCUGGACCCGAUCGUUCGCGGCGACUACGUGAUCGCGUACUUCCACACGCUGGCCUCGUCCAACAACCACCCGCCCUUCUCCUGGCUCAAGGAGGCUUACACCGUGCUGCCUUACAAAUAUAAGAAGAACCUGAAAGCAUUCUAUAUCGUACACCCCACAUUUUGGACAAAGAUGAUGACGUGGUGGUUCACGACGUUCAUGGCGCCGGCGAUCAAGGCCAAGGUGCACAACCUGCCCGGCGUCGAGUACCUCUACUCGGUCAUGGCGCGGGACCAGCUCGAGGUACCCGCCUUCGUCACCGAGUAUGAUAUGACGAUAAACGGUCUGCACUACUUUCAACCAGACACGAGCAACACGUAA